AUGGGGGCGCGGCUAGGCCGGCGGGCAGGGCCCGAGGCGGGCUCCGAGGCCGAGGCAGCGGCGGGCAGCGGGCCCGCGCCCUACGAGCGCAGGGUGCGCUGGCUCCGCGAGAUCCAGUCCACACUCCGCGAGCGGCGCCCGGAGCGCGCCCGGCAGCUGCUGCGCCUCCUGCGCCAGGACCUGGGCCUUGAGGGGACCCUUCUCACAGACAUCCUCUAUAGAAAUGUGGCUUUCCUCAACCUGGUGGAUCCCAUCUCCCAUGACCUGCUUGUGAACCUGGCCCGGGACCUACAGUGCCCCAAGAAGGAUUAUGAGCUCUGGAAGUCCUCGGACAAGAUAUGCCGGCAGCUCAUUUACCAUCUCACCCCUCACUCCAAGAGGCAGAGAGGGCCCAGUGUGCCCCGGAAGAAGACACAGAACUGCCUCAAGAGUGGCCUCCAGAAGACUCUGCUGGCAGGGGAGACGGUGGACCUCUCAGGCAUCCCGCUCUCAGUGCAAGAUGUGCAGCACAUAACACGCUACCUGGGCAGCCACGGGGCUGGGUUGUCAGUGCUGGACCUGAGCUUCACGGAGCUGAGUGAUGAGCUUCUGCACCUGCUGCUGCCCAGCCUGUGGAUACUGCCCUGCCUCACCCAGCUCCUGCUUAAUGGCAACCGGCUGACACGGGCUGCUGCCCGGGAACUCACUGAAGCCAUCAAGGACACCACCAAAUUCCCUGCAUUGGCCUGGGUGGAUCUGGGCAACAACGUGGAUGUGGCCUCCAUGCCCCAGCCCCUGUUAGUUGGCCUGCGCCGACGGCUAAGCCAGCGCACCUCACUGCCCACAAUUUAUGAGGGCAUGGACCUUGAUCCUGGGGACAGUGUGGCUGGGACCAUUGCCACUACCUCUACCUGGGGCUCUGCAGCUGCUGAACCAGGGUCUGAACUCCAGAGCUGCUGUACUAGAUGAUUCACCAUCCACCAGGCUGAGGAUGCUUUCAAGCACAUGGGAUAGCAAGUGGUGGGAGCCUAGGAGGUCCCAUAAAUUCCCAGAGAGACAGUGAAAAUGCUCAACAUGGGAUUAAUGGGAUAGAUGGAGAUUAUUCUUAUAAGACACCAGAUGGUUAUCCCAGGCUGGAGUCUC